AUGGGGAAGUUAUGCUCGAAAGGUUUUGACAAGGGCAUCAGCCAUAGGAAAGCACCACCUCCGGUUUGGUGCCCAUUGAGGUGCACUCUAGACGAGCUCUACAAUGGAGUGGAAAAGAGGAUCAAGUUUCCCGGAGGACGCAUGAAGCUCCUCCCUGAUCCUGGCGUGAUAGCACCGAAUGCGGAUCCGGAGACGCUUGUGGUGGAAAUCCCAGCGAGUGCAAAGAACGGCCUGAAAACUGUAUAUCCGCGCAGGGUCAUUCUAGACGACAGAAAGGUCCCCAGGGAUGUGAUCGUUGACGUGAUAGAAGAGCCUCAUGCUGAAUUCCACAGGCAGGGCAACGAUUUGUGGGCUAUAAGGAAAAUUCCGCUGAUGGAAUACGUUACCAGUGAAGCCCUUACAAUCGAAACAUUGGAUAAGCGUCUUCUAACUGUUCCGAAGAUAGAACCUGGGUGUGUUAUAGAGAUUCCCAACGAAGGCAUGCCUUGUUAA